GCUACGGGCUGACGGCGAGCCGACGAGAAGGGGCUCACUCCGCAUUUGUCUCCGAUGAUGAGGAUGAAGGGACUGCUGCUGCUUCUGUGUGCCGUGAUGCUUCUGAGCAGAGCUUCUGGUCAGUGCUCGAGAGCUUGUCCCCAGAGUUGGACUUCAGUCUCAGGUCGCUGCUUUAGAUUUAUUGGAAGACCUCUGACUUGGACUCAAGCUGAGAAAAACUGUCUGUCUAUGAAGGGAAAUCUUGCGUCUGUUCACACCUUGGAGGAAUACCACCAACUCCAGAGUGUCAUCCUGCAGUUCGCUCACGAGUCAAAGCCAGCCUGGAUCGGAGGCUCAGACGCAGCUGAG